AUGUCGAAAUCUCGUAGUCAAUCAUCUAUACCUGCAUUUUUAUAGAAAACGUAUGAUAUAUUGGAAGUAUGAUGCUCAAUUUUAUUAAAAGAAUCCUCAAUUGUAAGAUAUUGUUGGUUGGAAUGAAGAUGGUUCAGGUUUCCUUGUGAAAAACGUGAUAGCCUUCUAAGAUUAGGUUCUUCCAAUGUACUUUAAACAUAGAAACUUUGCAUCCUUUGUUCGCUAAGUAAAUAUCAAGAGUCAAAUUUCAUAGAUGAAUAUGUAUGGGUUCCAUAAGUCAAGGAGUGAUUUAAAAGAAAAUGAGUUCAUUCAUCCCCAUUUUAAGAAGGACUAAAGGUAUUUUUUAAUGUUAUUCAAGAAAUCUUUUGAAAAAAAUAAAAAGAAAGUCUGGUGAACAUAAUGAUGAGCAAUUUGCAAUAAUGGAACUUAAACCACAUAGAAAUACCAAUUUAUAAGAUGUUUAUUAUUAAGUUUUAUUAUUAAUUAGAAAUAAAUUCAAGAAAUAUUAGCAAAAUAACAGGAGUUAGAGAAAGUUUGUAAAAUAUUAAUUGAGUAGAAUAAUAAAAUAUUAUCAUGCAAUCAACAACUUAGAAAUCAAUUGGUUUAGGAAAGGUAUAUAUCUGAAUUAAUUAGAUUCAAUGGUAAUAAAAAGAUUCAGAAGCUAAAGGAUUAUUUUUUAGGAUAAUAAUAAAUUCAAACUCUGGAAGAGGAUCCUCUACAAGUAAUCAUAUUGAAUUAGAAUUAGAAAAGAUAAUCAGCAGCAUUAUAUUAGGCCCUAGAAUCAGAUAAUGAAGAUCUGAUUGUUGCGAAUAAAAAAAAAGUGAAGGAAGACGACUCUGAUAGUACUAUUGAAAGAAUGGAUAAUCAAUACUCGAACCCACCUUUGAUGUUGACAAAUGCUGAGCACUAAGAUUUAUAAGACUUAAAUGAUGAUGGAAUAAUUCAAUUGUUGAGAGAUCAACAAUUGGAUGAUUUAUACUUUGAUUGA